AUGUCUACAGUCAACACGCUGCCACUGCAUCAGGGUGAUAUUACCUCAACACGAGGUGGUAGCAGCAUGGCCCCUAACACAAAACAGGCUGUGGCCGAGUGCAUCUCGGACGAUGCCCUGAUCCAUUUGAAGUCGUACAAAUACUCGAGCGUUGAUAAAUCACCAGUGUCGAAAUACAUUCUUGGUCCUUGGUGGAACGCCUUUGUCGAAGUAUUACCGCUAUGGAUCGCGCCAAAUAUGGUCACCCUUCUGGGGUUUUUCUUCAUUCUUUUCAACGUCGCCUUGGUGGUCAUCUAUAUGCCUGAUCUAGUGGGACCAGGGCCGUCAUGGCUGUACUUUAGUUUUGCGUUUGGCCUUUUCAUGUACCAGACGAUGGAUAACGUCGACGGAAAGCAGGCGAGAAGGACCGGCACCUCGAGCGGCUUGGGCGAGCUCUUCGACCAUGGCAUCGAUUCGCUUAACUGCACUCUCGCCAGUUUACUUGAGACGGCUGCCAUGGGACUGGGUACCUCGCCCUCUGGUAUCUUCACGGCCCUUAUUCCGUGUCUUCCCAUGUUCUUCUCAACGUGGGAGACUUACCAUACGCAUACGCUCUACCUCGGCGUCAUCAACGGCCCAACGGAAGGCCUCCUCAUUGCCUGCGGCAUCAUGAUCAUCUCCGGAAUUUACGGGCCAGACGUUUUCACGAAGCCUCUCGCACAUAUCUGGGGCGACCACUUGGAGGGAGUGGCCCAUCUCAUUGGAGACGUCUCUUUCCGGGAUAUCUGGGUUGGCAUGAUCGUCUUCCUGUUGGUCACUACCCAUAUCCCCUUUUGCGUCUUGAACGUCGCCCGUGCGCGCCAAGCGAAGAAUCUCCCUGUUCUUCCCGUGUUCCUCGAGUGGAUUCCAAUGGCCGUCUUCACCGUUUGCACUGGUGCUUGGGUCUUUUCUCCUUACAGCUCGCUCAUGAAGGACAACCACCUCGUCCUCUUUUGCUGCACCAUGUCCCUUGUUUUCGGACGUCUCACUACCAAAAUCAUCCUUGCGCACUUGACCCGUCAACCAUUCCCAUACUGGACUGUCAUGUUGACUCCGCUGGUUGGAGGUGCUGUUCUUGGUAACCUUCCUCGAGUUGGCUUUCCUCAGAUUAGCCCUCAGCUGGAGCUGUUUUACAUGUGGGGAUAUUUCUUCUUCGCAGUGGUGGUUUAUUUCCGCUGGGCUUAUCUGGUGAUCACCAGUAUCUGCAACUUCUUGGGCAUCAAUGCUCUUACCAUUCCAAAGGAGAAGCAGCUGGCCAACAAGCUGGCCGCCAGAGCCGCCACCAAGCUGCACUGA